UCAUCCGGGAACUUGAACAAUAAAAUGGAAAUGUUGGCAAGUUAUGACGAAGAUUCAGAACCUAUGCACAGUUUGGCUGAAAAUGACAACGGUGACGACGAACAGAACUCAAAUUUGGAAGACGAGUACAGUAUGUUUGAGAAAAUGAUUGCUGGGGACCAGUCUAAAACAGAAAACCAAUCAGUUACCAUGGUAGCAGAGACAGAUCACGCAACCAAUGAAUCAGGCAGCAAAAACAAGGAGGAUACAGGUCAGAAAGGCACUGGAAGAUGUUCAUUAGCAGAAAGUGUGAAAAAGAUCAUGGAACAAAAUUCUGAGGUUGGUGAGGUGAAUGAAGAUCAAAGGUCAAAGUCAGGGUCAUCUGAUUCUGGAUCAUCGAGGGAAAGUUCAAAAUCCAGGUCACCAUCAUCAUCACCUGAGCGCAAAUCAAAAGAGAGGAAAAUAUCAACAAACUCAACAGAAAAUGAACUGGAGAAACCAUCUGAAAAAGAGAUGAGGGAAAGUCCUUCAAAAAGGAAAAGGUCUCAUUCAAGGUCACCAUCACAUAAACACAGAUCAAGAUCCCCAUCUCAUAAACACAGGUCAGACCACCAUCAUAAGUCAAGCAGACGGCGAUCAAAAAGUAGAGAUAAAAGAAAGGAGAAACGUCCUUCAAGAUCACAUAGGCACAAACGAAGCAGAUCCCGAGACCAUAAACACAGAAAAAGACAUUCUUCACAUGACAAGAAGAGGAGUGGCAGCAAAGACCGUCACAGAAAACAUAAGAAAAGUCGUAGUCGAAGUCGUGAAAGACACUCACGAAAAAACAAAAGUCCACACAGACGGCAUCAUAGAAGUCCCGAUCGCCAUAGAAGUCCCGAUCGCCAUAGAAGUCCUGAUCGGCACAGAAGUCCUGCACACCGUAGAAGUAGAAGUCCUGAUAGGAAAGCUAGGAGAAGUCCUACAACUUGUAAUAAACCUUUCACUUUCAAGGAUCAAAUGAGACAACAACUUCUAAAGGCCAGUAAAAUAUUACAGAAUAAUGAAGGCAUAGAUGGAAAAGAACUUGAGUUACCUAAAGAAAAACCAAGCAACCUUCCAUUAAAUUCCAAAGAUGUUUUCUCACAAAUAUCAGCUGGUUCAGGGGUCACCCCACAGAUGGCACUGCUUCAAACAAUGGCAACCAUGCACCAGAAGGCCCAAGAAAUGACUGGUAUAGCUGUACCCAAAUAUUACAACCCAGCAGCAGUAAACCCAUUAAAAUAUGCAGAACAAGUACAGAAACGAAAACUUCUAUGGUCCAAAGCCAAAGACCACAAAGAGGACAAAGAAAAAGAAUGGAAGACCUCUGCAGCUUUGGCAUCGAAUUCUGACGACAAAACAAAAGCUAAAUUCUGUAAACUAAUGGGAAUAAAAGGUGAAGGAGGUCAAGAGGAAGAAGGAGAAGACAACUCUGAGAAUGUUGAGGAGAAGAAGAAACAACAUGAUGAACUGUUCUCUAGAUUAGAUAAAGACUAUGAAUUUGCUCGAAUGACGACUCACACACAGAGGGGAGUGGGACUGGGAUUCUCAUCGCAACAACAACAACAGUUUCCCAUGCAACAUCCAUGAGCAAUUCUUCUCAUGUAGACAUCAACAUCCCUGACACAGUUUGUUAUGUGAUAUUCAAUGUAAUCCAUACAUAAUCUGUGUAAAGUUUAUUAUCAUUCCUUAAUCUGUGUGUUAUAUCCAGUGUGAUAAGCAUGUAUAUGUCCAGUAUUCUAUUAAGAAUGGGCAUACUACCUUUAAUAACAAGUUGUAGAAUUUACAAUGUUCUAAAUGUAUGUUGAGUGAUUUCUCGUGUUUAUUCAGUAUAAGUAACACACCCAUGUAGAAAUGUAUGAUAUUAUUGACAAAGUCAGUGUUAUGUACAAGUAUAAUGAAAUCAUGUUCUGUGUGUUUUCUGUACAUUGAAACAGGUGUAAAACUAAUCCUGAAUCAACUGGAAAUCUGCUUUACGUUACAUGGAUUUAUUUAUCACAACUAGAUUAAAUUGUUUUCUUUUUUCCUAAAUUUGUUUAUUAAUAUAAACUAAUCCUUUGCUUAACAGGGAUUCUGUCUUUACUAGACCCGGGGUAUUUAAACUGGGACCUUGUCGUAACUAGUCCCUUACUUAACAUGCAGAGGUCCUGUCUAAACUGAUCCCUGAAGAAACUUGGACCCUAUUCUAAAUAUAUCCCUUAGCAAACUGGGACCCUGUCUACACUGAUGAAUGGGUAAACUUAGACCCUGUCUAAACAAUCCCUGAGCAAACUGGGACCAUAUUCUAAACAUACUCCUGAGCAAAGUGGGACCCUAUCUUCACUAAUCACUGGGUAAACUGGGACCCUGUUUAAACAAUCCCUGAGCAAACUUGAAACUUAUCUGGAUAUAAAUAUGAAGACCUGUCCAAAUUGAUAAUGAGAAAAGCGUGACCAUGCUUUACCAGAUUCUUCCGGAAUUUACGACCCUGUCAAAUCUGAACCCUGAAUAAUCUAGGAACCUGUCUUAAUGAAUUCUUUAUACAACUGAUCAUUGAAAAAUGUGAAGGCCUUUCUUAACUGAACUCUGAUUAACAUGGGACCAUAUCUCACAUGGUCCCAGAGUAGUCCCUAUUGAACUUAUUUUGACAAAUUUAGAAAACAGUGUUCAAAAUAACAUGUUAGAUUAUUAUCUCCAAACCAUUGCAUCUGUCACAUAUUUGAAGAAUAAGCUUCUUUGACAUUUAAAAAACUAUAUUUUGAAGUGAUCCUAAAAAGUAAUUAAAGAUGAGACAGGUUUUUUCGAUGAAUAGCAGGGGAGGUACAUCAUAUUUCCGUAUGGGCUUCUGAUGAACAACAUGGGAGGUAAUUAAAGUCACUUAAACAUAAUGAAUGACUUUUAUAGAAGCAAGGAUGCAUAUUAAAUGUGAAUUGUAUGUGCAGUAAGUUGUAUGAGAGAGAUGUACACAUGUUGUUUUUGGUUGCAUGUUAUUGAAUGAGAGAGAGUAAUGGUUAAUGAUUUUUGUAAUGUAUGAAUGAUUUGUUUUUAAAAUAAAAUAACUGGAAGUGAAUAAAUGUAUUGCAUUAUUUUCUUUAUUCUUUAUAAAUAAUUUGAUCCCUCAGUAAAAUGGGAACCUAAUUGA